CUGUUCUGUUAUCCCUCCCCUUCCAUCCUUUGCUCACAUUGCUCUUCCAUUCGGUGGGAAAAUUGCUGCUGGAACAUCAACAUCCACGGUGGAUUUGAACUCGGGGACUGUAUUGGAAAAAGCAGGGAUCUGCAACACACGCUGGAGGAUUUUCCUCCAUGUUCUUUCUUUUAUUGUUCAGAAAACCAUCAUGUUGAUGUGGAUCAUGGCUUCCUGAUCAGAGCUUCCUGACCACUAUCUUCUCUUUUCCUGGACUCAUCAUUGGCUCAGUGAUGAACCACACACCCAGCCCCAACAUGACAGAGGCCGCCAAGUCAGGGGCAGGCUUGUUGUGUGGCCUGGGCCUGGGCCCAGACCGGGUGCGCUCCCCGGACAGUUUGACGCACACGCCCAGCCCGUCAGGGGGAACGCCCAGUUCCAGCCCUCCUCUGCUGAUGUCUCCGGGGCUGGGCUGCGAUGGCGGUGGGGACUGGGAGAGCCGCGAGGAGCUGCGUCUGCGUGAGUUGGAGGAGGCUCGGGCACGGGCGGCUCAGAUGGAGAAGACGAUGCGCUGGUGGUCAGACUGCACGGCCAACUGGAGGGAGAAGUGGAGUAAAGUGCGGGCCGAACGCAACAGAGCACGGGAUGAGGUCAGGCAGCUGAGACAACGUCUGGACGCCCUUACCAAAGAGCUGACGGGGGCACGGCGGGAGGGUGAGGGGCUGGCGGAGGUGGAGGAAGAAAUGGGACUAGAGGCCCAAAGAGUCCGAGCUGAACAGAACUCCCCAGCGAAUGCUUCCACUGCACCAGCAUCCAACUCCUCAACUGCCUCCACACACUCCAACCAGCCACGGGAACCAGACAUCAAGCAGGACAACCAGGAUGAGGAAAACGUGAGAGAUGGCCCAGGCUCUCCAGAGCAGGAACCUGUGAGAGAUGUAGAUACUGACAAACCAGACAAGCAGAAGGAGUUGGAGUUAUUGGAGGCUCUUCUCAGGGCAAAGUCAGAGGCUCCAGACUCUUGGGACAUUCGCAGUGCCAGUAGCUUGCGCUCAGUUCUCAGUCGGCAGGACCGGAGCAGACUGCUGUGGGAGGAUCUGGCUGCCCUGGAGGAGGACUCUGGCAAGCUCAACGCUCUCCAGCUACGUUUGGAUGAGUCUCAGAAAGUCCUGCUGAAAGAACGAGAGGAUAAGCAUGCGCUCAUUAAGAACAUUGAGAAGCUGGAGGUGGAGCUGAGCCAAUGGAAACUCAAGUAUGAGGAACUGAACAAGAGCAAACAAGAGGCCUUAAAACAGCUGAACUUCUUGAAAGAAGUGCAUCAGGAUGAGCUGGGCCGCAUGUCUGAAGAUCUGGAGGACGAGCUGGGGGCUCGUACCAGCAUGGACAAAAAACUGGCAGAGCUCCGUACAGAGGUGAAAUGCAUGUAAAUUUUCUGUUUUCUACCCAUACUGCACUGUUUUGCAUGGCACAGCCGGUUUGUUUUUUUUUGUUGUGUUCGUCUGGAGACAGAAAAGCUGGCUCUGGAGAGGGAAAACAAAAAGCUGCGUGCCCAGAUGGAAGACCUGGAGGAGCAGCUGGCACGCAAACGCAGGCAGGCCGCCAGCGCCCUGGACACCGACCUCAAGACCAUCCAAUGUGAGCUGUUUGAGAGGAACAAGGAGCUUGCAGAUUUGCGGCAUGUACACUCUAAGGUUAAAAAACAGUACCAAGAGAAGAUGGCCGAGCUGGCACAUGCUAACCGGCGUGUGGAGCAGCAUGAGACGGAAGUUAAGAAGCUCCGACUGAGGGUGGAGGAACUAAAGAAAGAGCUGGGCCAGGCUGAAGAUGAGUUGGAUGAGGCUCAUAAUCAGACCAGAAAGCUACAGAGGUCCUUGGAUGAGCAGGUGGAGCAGACAGAGAACCUGCAAGUUCAGCUGGAGCAUCUACAAUCCAGGUUUUUUCGUCAGCAGAAUCCUGGCCUCUUUGGCAAGAUGAGGACAUCACCUUCCUCGCGUUUUGUGCCUGAAGACGCAGACGCCCCCCUUAGUGACCCAGAUGAAGAUGAGGAAGAAGAACUGCAGCUCCAGAUCCCCUAAACUGUUCAUUCUUCAGACCUGGGAAUGUACGAAAGACUCGUAGCUUGCACCCGAGCAUUUCACUUUCCCCUUCAUUUCAUCUCCCAGCUGAAUCCAGAAGAGGACACAGACUACACAAUCCUCAGCAGACAGAUAAACACAAACAGUUUUUUUUUUC